CUACUGACUGCUCGGAGAAGAAAUCUCUCACUUGCCUCAUCCUCAGCUGAAAGCUUACUUUCUUUGAUCAAUUCCAAUUUGGCCUGUUCCGUCUUUUUCUAACUCUGCUUUCAACUUGAAUUUAUCAUGUUCAAGCUGUAACAAAAGGAGCUCUUUUUGCCUUUCAAAUGUUAAACCGGUUGUCAUCACAGGCGGAGACAACACGUUAACGUGAGGAACAUCUGAUGCACUCUCAGUUAAAACUUUCUUGUCCCCCCAGAUUUGACUUUAAUACGGCCUUCACUCUGUCUGUCUCUUAUCACCACAUCGAUGACAUAUUUUUCUGUUAUUGUCAGCAACUGCUCUUUAGUACACAAGUCCAACAGCUCCUCCAAAAAAUUCCUCCACCAUACACACACAUACACACACACACACAAACAAACAAAAAGGUCACUUGAGGUCACUCGAGUGUAUGGAUGUAUCUCAAGCGACUGUAGUUUAAAGACACUGGUGUCUGCAGGGUCAAGUUGCUGGUUAUUCAGUACUCCAGGCUACAAUUACACCAUGAAGACAAAAGAACACUUUAAGUAACUCAGAGAAAAGGUUACUGAAAAAUUUAAGUUAGGGGAUAGAUACAAAAAAAUUCCAAGUCACUGAACAUCCCCUUGGAGUUCAGUUAAAUCCAUCAUUAAGAAAUGGAAGGAAUAUGGCACAUCUGCUUAGAACAGGCCGUCCUCAUAAACUGAGUGAGCAAGAAGGAGACUAGUGAGGACAUCCACCAAGCCACCUAUGAGUCCUCGGAAGGAGUUAAAAGCUUCAGCAGCUGAGAUGGGAGAGACAACUGUGGCACCUGGGUUCUUCAUUGGUUAAAGCUUUAUGGGAGAGUGGCACAGAGAAAGCUCCUAUUAAUCUCAACUAGAGUUUACCUAAGGGCAGAGCUGAGCUUUGUGGCCAUCAGACUAGACGCUAUGUUUGGUGGACACCAAACACUGCACGUCACCACAAACACACCAUCCCCACUGUGAAGCAUGGUGGUGGCAGCAUCAUGCUGUGGGGAUGCUUCUUGGCUGCAUGCCCUAGAAGGCUUGUUGAUGGUAAAAUGAAUGCAGAAAAAUAUAGGGAAAUCCUGGAGGACAAUCUCAUCCAGUCUGCAGGAGAUCUACGACUUGGGAGAAGAUUUGUUUUCAAGCAAGACAAUGACCUGGAGCAUAAAGUGAAAGCUACACAGAAAAGGUUUAAAGACAACAAGGUUCUGAAAAUCAAACCAGUUCAAGGUUUACAGACGAAAGAGACACUGAGAUGGCUUCGACUCAGUCUGACAUGAAACCACAGCCUGGGGACCUGAUAGAAAUCUUCCGAGGCGUCUAUGAGCACUGGGCUGUUUACAUUGGCGAUGGCUUCGUUGUUCACUUGGCACCACCUGAUGAGGGCCUGGACGGAGGCUCUGACACUGUGGUGUCUGUCCUAUCACUCAAGGCUAUAGUGAAGAAAGACAAGCUGUUGGACGUGGUGGGAAAUGACAAUUGGACGAUAAACAACACCCUGGACAAGAAGUACAAGCCCUUCCCAGCUGACAACAUUGUGAAGGCUGCCUGUGUGCUGAUAGGCAUGGAGCUGCCUUACAGCAUCAGCAGGUUCAACUGUGAGCACUUUGCCAAUGAGCUGCGCUACCACAAGGCUGUGUCCCGGCAGGUAAAUGCAACAGGAAAAAAAGUCCUAGUUGUGGUUGCAGGUGUAGCCAUAGGCUUGCUGGUGAGUCUGGGCAUUCGAUCACUGAUGACCUGCCAAGAAGAAGAAGGAGAAGUAAAAGAAGAAGAAGAAGAGGAGGAGAACACACAGUGAUUGAAGUCCUAAGUCAAUGAUUCACUGGCUUGAUUAACAGAUCACAAGGUCUUUUCUGCCACUUAAAACGUUUCAAAACAAAAAAUAGUUUACUUGUUUCUAAAUUAUUUGAAUAAAGAAUAAUUUGAGUGAA